GAAGGCAAAGCCACGUCUUCUGAUUCCCUCUGUCCUUAACUACUACAGCUUCCCUUCAUCUGUGCCACCAGGCCAAAAGCCAGCCUUGCUAAGCCCCUGAGGUCCCAGUGUGUUCAGUCUCCAAAAGCAGGGUAUACUGGCCCCCAGACCUCCACCUGAGAUUGCACCAUCCUUCUCUGCCCCCACCCCCCGCCACCAGAGAUCUCAGGUACAUUGUUUCUGAGGCCAGAAAACAGCUGAGGACUCCCGGGUUGGAGCCUUCCUACUCCCACCUCAUGCACUGAUGCUUUUUCUGGUUUUGCCUGGACCCAGAUUUCUUUUCCUGCCACCCCCAGCUCCAGGAGGCAAGAGCCUGUUUAUUUUAAUACCUGGUGUGGCACUUGGGAAAGAUCACACCUCCCCCGUCGUUACCCAUUUCUGUCUCCUGAACACUAAUCCUAGAAUCCCCACCAGCCCCCAGACAUGUUAUUAGCAACAAGGAUGUUUCUUGAAAAGUUUCCGAGUUGGCUCCAAACUUGCCAUCUCAGUUUCCCAUUUAGCUUUUGCCCUGCUGUUCUUGAUGCUGCCAACAAGAGGAAGACUAAUUUAGGGAUUGGUUAGACCCAGAUGGACUUCAUUUCCGGAAUUAUCCUUUUGAGACAGGACUGCCCCAAUACUCUGGGACUGAGAGAACUCCACUACCCGCCUUCUCCCACUGGGUAGGUAUUAGAGGAGGAUAUUCUAGUCUAGCCUAGCCUCUGGCUUUCCCUCCCUUGUUUCAUUCACUCUCCACUUAUGGUCAAAGGCCCCAGGAUCUGGCUAGCCAGCUUCUGAAAGCCAGUGGGAUCCUCGGCUACGAUGGAGCAAGGGCGGCGGAGUGGCAGGUUCGGGUCCUCGUCCUCUCUGUCCCGCUCCGUGUCUGGGCUUCAGAUGCUGCAGGUGGACCCAUGCAUUCCAUGCCCUUAAACCUCAGGCGUCCUCAGCUGAACCAGAGCCACAGACUAAGGACAGAGCCUCUCAGGCUUUUUCACCAAGGUAAUCCUAAUCAUAGAAGAGUGAAUAGGCUCCUAGGGGCGUACAUCCUUAGACCUCGGCGAACCAAGAUGAUUUAACCGAGUCUUAAAUUCAGGCACAUUUUGCAUUUUAUGUUAAUAUUAUGGGUUUGUUUUUUUAUGUAAGAUACAAUGCUUUAAAUGACCCAUCACUGCAAGCCAGUGUGAGGCCCCUUAAUGAACCUGUGGCUUUGUGUUCUCCUAGUAUAGCUAAGUUGAGAAUUCUGAGAAGCCUGGCCGCAAGGUGUGUGUGAGCAUUGCAUGAUUUCUCGUUUCUAGUCUCCCUUGGGCUGAAAUAGAACCAGAAUGGCGGGCCAUAGCCUGGGGGAGUAGACAUAAAUUCUGGGAUCCUUGGGCGGGGUAAGGAUGAAAGAUUUUCAAAUACAGUGGGGGGAUUGGUAGUGCCCUGGAUGAUUUAAUCAAGUUUAGGAGUCUCUUGGUUGACUUGGUUGACCGUUGCAUUUCCACAGGGCCAGUAAAUCUGAUGUCUCCAGAACAAAAGUGGCACUCCAGCAGGGGGCCCCCUGUCUCCUUCUCAGCCCUCCAUUUGCUUCUAGCUGCCCUGGCCCUUCUCUGCAAAGCCCUACCCAGCACCCGGGAGCCGUCUUAGCAUAAGUGGAAAUGGAAACGCUUUCCCAAGGUCAUGUUCAGCCUUCCCUCUGAAUGGCUGUGUCUCUAAAACAGAAAAGAAAAACGAAAGGCCACACAGUGAGACUCCACGCCAGGCACUGCGUUACAGACUCUACACACCACAGGCUCAUUUAUGCUGUGGGGACAACUGAUCACCUCUUCAUUUUACAAAUAAGGCAUAGAGUUCGGAGCGUUCAAGUAAUUUGCCUUCAGUCGCGUAGUAAGUGGUAGGGCCAGGACCUAAAUCCAGAUCUGCUUGAUUCUGAAGCCCAGGCUCGUAACCACUGUACUCUCUGUCUGGACGGGAGAGGGAAGGGGAGUGACCGGGAGGGUGCUCAGCCUGCUAGUACUAGAAAGAAUAGGAAGGAAGUCACAGUGCAGUGCGGGAUGCUGGGUCCAGGGGUAAAAGCACUUGGGAGAUCUCUCCCAGCUUCCCCCUCCUCCUCCCUGCACCACUGACCAGGUUGCUGCCCUGCUUCAAAACGCUUACAGGCUAUCCCAGCCAAACAGGGCUAGAUCCCAACUCCUUCCUCGGCAGUCAAGGCCUUCGUGACUUCACCUCCACCAACCUCUCAGCCUCCUCUCCCUGUGCUUCCAGCCCCCCGCCCCCACUGCCAUGCCUGUCUGUGUCCUGGACCCCCUUCUCAAACCCCUGUAAUUGCUCCCAACUUCUCUCAUCUGAACCCUCCUCUUCCACACCCUCCCCGACCCUGGCACCCGAAAUCCACUUCUUUCAAGGUUUCUUCCUUGAAAGUUGCCUCCUCCGAAGCCUCCACUGACUCCUCUCCCUAGUUGGCCUGCUGCCUCUACCCUUCCCCAGAACCUUGACUCUGCACACAUCACGUAUUCGCGCCACGUGUGUGCUUCUGGCCUCCCUGAUGAACUGUGGGCCCCUGGCCAAGUUCGUCAGUGGCUGCCCCUCUAGAGACUCCCGAUUUUUGUCUUCCGCAUUUUACACUUCAGUAAGACCAGUCACUCAACCUCUCUCAGCCUCAACUAUCUCAUCUGUAAAACGGGGGAAACAGAAUCUACCUCAUAGUAUUGUGAGCGUUAACUCUGAAGAUGCAGGCAAAGCUGAGAGCACAUGGCCUGGCACAUACUCAUUAAAUGUUAGCUACCCGUGAGGAAUGACACUGACCACGACGGUUUUAGAGUAAAUACACGGGCGAUUCUGCCCUCUCCCCUGGCAAAUGCUGGCAUCACCCCCUCUGGAGAGGAGAGGGGAGGGGAGCAGUCGUUUCAGGGGAUGGAGGUCAUUCGUUGGCCUGGGAUGAGCUUUGCUUUGCCAGCCUGCUCUGCUCUUCUUUCCCUGCUGCAGUGAGGGGUGAAAAUGACCGCCCUUCGCAGUCCUCCGGUGCGGUGGCGGAGAGGAGUCUGGAUGCCUCUCUAGCACACGGUGCGAGGCACACAGUGGGCGACCGUCCAAUGACUGAACUGGGAAGGGUCAGAAGAGACCUAGAGAGGGAACCUGGGGUGUGUGGCGGGGGUGGGAUAUGGAGUGAAGCCAAAGGCUUUAGGGCCUCUCCGGUCCCUUUCUCCCAGCCCUCCAGGUUAGAGCUAAAAAUACCGCAGGGAGAGUCGGGAGGGGUGAAGGUCGAGGCUCGGGAUUAAAGAAUUUGUCCAGGGCUUCCCAAGUGAAUAUGGCAGGCUCAGGGACCCAGCAGAACGCCAGCGGGGCACGCCCCCCCCGCCCCCCGCCCCCCGCCCCGCUCCCGCCUCCUCCUCCUCCCAGCGCGAGCGGGCGGCGCGCUCCGGAGGGAGAACCGGGCUGGAGGUGUCCUACCCACUCGGCGGCCAGCACCUGCUCCCCCCGCGCCCGCCCUGAGCCCGCCCAGACUGCGCAGCCGGGGGCGCUCCCACCUCUCUCCCCCCGGGCCGGGGAGCCGGGGGGCAGCACCGGAGCCCGGGGGGAGCGCGGCCCCACCGGCCGGCCGGCCCGGGCUGGGGGUAGCUAGGACGGCCCCGGUCCAGGUGGAGGCCGCAGAGGGCCCAGGGCGAGCAGGGGCAGCGAUGAUUGGUCCUGACGGUGGCUGAGCCCCCAGCCCCUGGAAUAUGCAGCCCGGGGGAGCCCCAGGCAGCGGCGAGGACGAGGUGGCGGAGCGGGGCGGGAGGCAUGGUCUCCACCUACCGGGUGGCCGUGCUGGGGGCGCGAGGCGUGGGCAAGAGUGCCAUCGUGCGCCAGUUCCUGUACAACGAGUUCAGCGAGGUCUGCGUGCCCACCACCGCCCGCCGCCUCUACCUGCCUGCUGUCGUCAUGAACGGCCACGUGCACGACCUCCAGAUCCUCGACUUCCCGCCCAUCAGCGCCUUCCCUGUCAAUACGCUGCAGGAGUGGGCAGACGCCUGCUGCAGGGGACUCCGGAGCGUCCACGCCUACAUCCUGGUCUACGACAUCUGCUGCUUUGACAGCUUUGAGUACGUCAAGACCAUCCGCCAGCAGAUCCUAGAGACGAGCAGGGUGAUCGGCACCUCGGAGACGCCCAUCAUCAUCGUGGGCAACAAGAGGGACCUGCAGCGCGGACGCGUGAUCCCGCGCUGGAACGUGUCACACCUGGUGCGCAAGACCUGGAAGUGCGGCUACGUGGAGUGCUCGGCCAAGUACAACUGGCACAUCCUGCUGCUCUUCAGCGAGCUGCUCAAGAGCGUCGGCUGCGCACGCUGCAAGCACGUGCACGCCGCCCUGCGCUUCCAGGGCGCGCUGCGCCGCAACCGCUGCGCCAUCAUGUGACGCCGCGCCCCACGGGCCGCAGCCCCGGCAGGCCUGGGCGGGGAGGGGCAGGAAGAGAACUCCUGGACCGCCCCCGCAGCCACGCCCUCCCCGGGAGAGGCGGAGGGCGAGAGGGAGUUUCCCCUUAGUUGCCCCGUCUUCCCCCCUCUCCCCAGUCUGUCUUCCUGGGCCGGCCGCCUUUAGUGCUGUAGUUCGUGCAGAGCCCGGCCGGGCCCCUAGGAGCGCCGUCGCCCCUGGGGGUUGGGGGUGAGCGCGUGACACGGAGGGCGGGGGUGGAGAGGUGCAUUGUUGACCGGGCCCGCACCCGUCACCUCCAGAGAGUGUGUCUGUCAUUGUUCCGCGUCUUCUUCUCCCGUGUCUGUCUGUCUGCCCAAGCGUCAGUUGGUCCUCAGCUGUCUUACCCACCCUCGCCACCUCCAGCUUCGUUCACAGGGCUCUCAUUUUAUCCACCCCCUGUCGCAGGUCCCGGCAGCACCUCUUCGUGAGGCCAGCCUUCUGACCGUCAGCACCACCGGCACGGGGCGGGGCGAUGCGGGUGGCCCAGGGACCACAACCGGGGUCCGAGGGUUGAAGUCCUGGAUCAGUCAGGGGGAGGAGGCAGAGCUCCCCCCGCUUCCAGGGAGACCUCCCUGCCCAACAGCCCCAAUAGACGCAACAAGCUACCUUCCAGCCUUAACUCGAUGGUCCGUCCCUGCGGGGUGCCCCUCUCCCACUUCCUGACCCUAAAGUCAGAUCACCCUCUGGGUGCAACAUUUUUUUCUUGACCGAGUGUGGAGAGGGAUUGCCCACAAAUGAUAGAUUUAUUUCCAUGAUGCCAGCGUCCAGUGGUCUGCCAGACUGGAGGAUGUUUGGGGGGGAGGGGGGGUGUCUGGUGGUGGGCGGGGUGUGGAGGGAAGCAGUCAGGUCGUGCCAGGGAAGACUCUUUCUCCCCAUCUGACCCCAAGCUGACUGCCCCAGACCUUGCCCGCCUUGAAUCUCCGAUUACCCCGAUUAAUCUGGGGAGGGGCAGAGCCGGGAAAAGAAUUAUGGGAACCCCUAUGCUUGGGGGAGAUAUACCGGCAUCCCCACUCCUGGAUGGAGGCCCUCAGGAUCUGACGCCCCCUCGUCCCGACACCAGUUGGCCCCAUGCCUUGACUCACUCCACCCCAUUUUCUCCGGCUGCCUGGCCAGUUUCUACCUCUUGUCACCGGAGCUGAUCACUGUCAGUUUUGUACCGAUUUAGAAAUAACAAAAGUAAUGAAGAUACUAGGAGUGACCUGCGGGAUUACUGGGGGAUUUGGAGGGCGGGAGAAAUGGUGCGAGUUCCCGGCCGCCUAGCCAAGUCCUCCCUGAGGCUGAGCCCUCAGCCCUUCUGUGGUGGGAGGAUAGCGAGGUCCCUUGUUAGAAGAGAGACGGAGAGAAGAGCCGAGCCUCGAUGUAGCCAAGCUGUGGCGUAUAGACCAGGAAACCAGGUAGCUCGGGGUGGUGAUGGAGAGGAGUCUGGGGGAGGCGUCAUGGGUGGCAAACUUCUCAUCCAGAUCCAGCGUGAGAGGGAAGCUUCGAUGUUCUCUUCUGCUUCCCCAGGUGAUUCCCACUCCGCUCACUGGGGGUGACGCAGCUCGACAGUGACUGCCCUGACCUUGGGCAGUCCAGUAUUUGGGGGUUCUGGUCCCUGCUGUGCUGCAUGACUUUGGGCAAGUGACCCACCCUCUCUGAGCCUCCCUCUGAAGCAGAGGAGGUGGCUUCCCUCCCCCCCACACCUUGGAGUGGCUGGGAGGGUAAGGAAGAGGGGCUGCCCCCCUUUAUCCCCCGCAUCCCUGCCCCCUGACUCACCAGGGGGAUGGGGUGAGUGGUGACAGCAUCUCACCUGCCCCAUCACUGUCACCCCCCAGCUCUGAGGCACCUGAGGUGAGAGUGAGGGACCCAGGCCUCUGGCUGCCCCCUGUGGGAGCCGUUGGAAUGUAUUGCCUGGCUGGCCCCCUUCACCCACCCUCUCACCCCCGCUUCACCCCAGAUCUUUGAUUUUGAUUCCUUCCGCCCCCGUUCUGAGUGUCUGUCCUUCACCCUGCCCUCCCUUCCCCAGGGUUUCCCACCACAGGGUCUGGAAGUGUGUGUGACGCCCACUGCGCUGUGAUCAGAAGUCAGAUUAAAAAUCAGGGAGUGUUUUCCCUCGGUUCUGUA